AAUGCGGAGAUUUCUCUCCGUGAAGCGCGCGAGAGCCGCGGGCACUGUGUCCUCGUCGAUCAAGGAUUUUGGAGAGCCUCCGAUCCUCUUGCAGCGGCGCGUCGUUGUUACCGGAUUAGGAUUGGUAUCGCCGCUGGGAUGUGGAGUAGAUUACGCUUGGGAGAGGCUUCUCAACCGGAAAUGCGGUGUGCGCGCGCUCAAACAAGAUGAUUUGAGGCUGGAACACGAAGAUGAAACGAUUCGCGCCGCGGUAAUGAAUAAUCUUCCUUCUCAUGUCGUGGCUGCUGUUCCCUACGGCACGGGACUCGGGGAUUUCAAAGCAAAUGUGUGGAUGUCCGAGAAGAAGUUUGCUCCCUUCAUUGCUUACGCAAUGUGUGCUGCUGCUGAGGCUCUUUCUGACGCGGAUUGGAAUCCUUCCGAGAGUGAUGAGGCCAGCGAAAGAACGGGUGUGGCAAUAGGUGGUGGCAUCGGGUGUAUAACUGAUGUUUUGGAGGCGGCCCAGCUCAUUCGUGAUUAUCGGAGUAACAGAUUAAGUCCUUAUUUCGUUCCUCGCAUCUUGAUAAACAUGGCCGCGGGAAAUGUUAGCAUAAAGUAUAAGCUGAAGGGGCCCAACCAUGCGGCAGUAACUGCAUGCGCGAGUGGUGCUCAUUCAAUUGGAGAUGCAUUCAGAAUGGUUCGAUUCGGAGAUGCAGAUGUUAUGAUUGCAGGUGGAACGGAGGCCAGCAUCGAUGCGCUUUCACUAGCGGGCUUUUCCAGAGCAAAGGCGUUAAGUACUAGAUUCAACGCAUGUCCCGAACGUGCUUCACGGCCAUUCGACAGUGAUCGUGAAGGUUUUGUGAUUGGAGAAGGUGCGGGCAUUAUGAUUCUUGAGGAAUAUGAGCAUGCAAAAAGACGAGGAGCAAAAAUGUACGCGGAAAUCCGUGGAUAUGGGAUGUCGGGUGACGGCCACCACAUCACUCAACCGUCUGAAGAUGGGAAAGGAGCUGUUCUGGCUAUGAAUCGAGCUUUGCAGCAAUCCGGACUGAAACCCAAUGAAAUCGAUUAUGUCAAUGCUCACGCAACAUCGACUCCGCGAGGUGACAAAGUUGAGGCUGUGGCCAUCAAAACUGUAUUUAAGGAGCAUGCAGUAACUGGAAACCUUGCGUUUUCCUCGACCAAGGGAGCCACUGGACACCUCCUAGGGGCUGCUGGAGCCGUAGAGGCGAUCUUCUCAGUUUUGGCGCUACAUCACGGGCAAGCUCCGCCAACUUUGAAUCUGAUUCUACCCGAUCGGGUUUUCCACGACGGCUUUGUACCCAUCGGCUCUACAAAGGCUAUGUCCAUUCACGCAGUCUUGUCAAAUUCAUUUGGCUUUGGAGGAACGAAUGCAUCCCUGGUGUUCACCUCUCCUCCGAGUCACUAGAAAACAACAACAUUCCAGACUGGAGAGGAUUCUCUCAAAAUGACUCAAAAGUUCAUGGUAUCACAGUCCGUUUGUGUUCCUGGGGACUCGUUAGCCAUUGCUCGAAGCAAUAUGUUAAGUACGUAGCCUCUCCAGCGAUCUCCUGCGAAUCAAGCAGGAAGUCGCAAUUAGCUUUCGUCGUACUUAUGACUUGUCUUUAGAGACACCUUGAGGUAUGACAGAUACUUUACUAUGGCUUACAUCGUGUUAAUCGGCUGAGGCUCAAGAAAUCAGCACUUAAGUUUUCAAAGACCGUGUCUCCCUCGACCAAGGUAGUCCUGUCAAAUGCACUUGGAGGAAGAGAACAAAUGCGUUUGUGGUGUUCUCCCGGAGCUCAGCAGCUAUGCAACUGAAAGAGAGAGCCUAGACAUCAUCAUGGUGUGACUCGCAAAUAAUGCAACAACAAAGGUGUAGAUUGGAGAGAAUUGUCUUCCCAAUCGACAUCACAGACAGAUAAGUUCCAACCCCGACUCUUAUGGAAUCCACGCUGUUCUAAUUGCCUUUUCGCGCUGGAUUGAUUGUCUGGGAUUUCCAGUUAUCAGAGGUUCUACCUUUUGGCAAGCGUUCUCAUACAGUACUUUGAAGUUUCCACGCGUCGCUAUGGAGCUCCCGACGCGAACUUGCUAAAGAGCUUCAUAGAAGGUUCGUGUGUUCGUAUUUUCCAUACAAUCCAUACGUCGCUCUUUGGUGCCGUCACGUUUAGAAUGCAAGCUGGAAAAACAAACAAAGAAAACCAUCGAUCCCGGUUGUCCAAGCAAAGAAUCUUUGCCAAGCAUUCAGAGCCGGUGCUUUUGGGAUACAGCUCAAACGUUCUCCAAGGCUCGUUUUCCAUCAUUGAAAAGGGAAUGCGUACAAAGAUUUUUUUUCCCCAUGAGGAAUUUGCCAGACCCACCGAAUCAAGAAAUCAAAGGUUUGCAAAGCUUUGCCCAAGACUCCGUAAAAGGGCCUGGUUGAGCGACACGUCCGGCUUGAGUGGCGGUCCAAAAGUCUGAGAGUCCCAAUGGAGGGUAAGCCUUUGGCAGAUUUUUAAGGGAGGAGAUCGCCAUGCGAGCGAUCUUGUGAUUAAUCUAUAUUACCCUGUGGUCCAGCCUCACGGUAUUUUUUUUCCAGGAGAUUCGAUUAGCAGCCAAUUUCUGAAGUAGACAUGAGUGGAGAGUGCGCGAAAACAAAGACCGGUCGGCCGGGCUCUCGCCGUAUAAAGGUUUCUGCUCCGCAGCACACUCUUUCCAGCUUACUAAGUUCCACGAUCAACUCUAUCAUCGAUCGAGUCCCGAGCAAAUUCUUCCACGACCACCUCCGAAUCCCCGAGCAGAGCGACCAUGAGGAUCGAGACGACAGCUAUGGAUGAUUUGUGGCUGGGGAUGCUGACACUAGCGCUCGUGUACAUGGUGAUGAAGACGGUGGCGACGCUUGAGAAGAUGAGCAACAAGGCGGACGCGUUUGUGAGUCGCAUUGGAGCGGAGGUGGAGUCGGCCGGGAACAAGCUGAGCCAGGAGGCGAGAUGGAUCGUGCAGAGCCUGGAGAGAAACGCACUGAGCUACACGGGGGACCUCCUCGGCCACGUCCAGAGCGUGGAGCUCCAAUGCUACAGGAGCAAGAACGGCAUUGCGUUUGGGCUUGGGCCAAGGACGCUCAAGAAGAAGAAAAGGAGCCAUCACCACCACCAUGCACUAGCAGCACUCUCUCAAGAGGAUUCAUCAGCCUUGCAAAAGACUCACCACCACCACCACAGCACUCUUUCUCUCCACAAAUGCAUCGACAGGAUCCUCAAGAACAGAUACAAGUGCAAGUGGCCACUGAGCCUUUCUUUCGGCAAGCAGCAGCAACAUCGCCAUUUGCAGGCCGUUGAGAGCACUACUUAGUCCCGCACUUGGCAACAUGUGAAAAAAGCAUUGCAAAUAUCUGUAGAGUGUACAGAGAGCACUACUUCUGGGGACUCAAUUCUUUUUGUGCGUUUUAAUAAAUUUAAUCUUUACCAAUA